GUCCCCUGCAACUAUUGCCCCCAAGACUACAAAAAAAGGCCCCCCUUCUACCUCUCUGUCGCGUUGGCCUUCUCUCAUCUGAUUCCGAAAGCCUCCGGUUUCACAAAACUCUGAUCGCCCAGUCGAAUCGAAAUCAUAUACACGGCGAUGGCGAAGAAGAGGAAGUCCAUAGCGACCAGCCUCGACGAGGUGGAUCGGACCAUGUACGCGUCGUUUUGUAGCGCGGCCAACUCCCUCUCCCAGCUCUAUACCCACGCCAUGAACCACCAAAAGUUCUCCUUCCAAGCCGGCGAACGCCAUGGCCUUGAAAAACUCUAUCAAUGGAUCCGGAGGCAACAAGAGGAAGGUUCUAGGGUUUUAACAGUUGAUAUUAUCAAUUACCUUCAGAAUGAGCUGGACUACAGCGGGGAGGAGCCAUCAAUGUCCCCUAGAGCUCCAGUGCAACAGCAUCAUCAGCAGUCUCAACCUGCAAUGCAGGGUUUCCAAGCCUCUUCAGUCUCAACUGGCCUAACAGCUGCUGGCCAGGGAGCAGCGACAACCGCUGGGCAGGGAAUUCGCUCCGAGCACUGUGAUCAUCAAUCCAAGAAUUCAGUCUUCUCAAAUGCUUUAUCAAGCCCUCUCCGCCAGAGUCUUCAACACUAUCAUAUUACUCGGGGAGGUUACUCUCCAAAUAGGAACACUGAACCCACGUUUCUUCAUAACCAAAGCAGGGAUUCUAGUGCUCUCAGUUCCAACGAUUCUGCCAUGGACAUGCAUGCAGAUAGUCCUGCUCAUGAAUCCACUUACUGAAAUUUCCCAUCUUACUUCGUCUCUUGCCAUGGAGUUGUCAAAAGCUUGGAAGAACUAUGGUGAUUACAAGGCUCUUUCCUACAUUUCCAUUAAUGACAGAAAGCACAGGAGGGAACUGAUGCUAUAACCUUAUAUCUUACUUGUGUCAAGUUUGGGUCUAUUAUUGUAUCUUCUGUAAAGCCUUUGUGUUGAAUGUAUCUGCAACAUUUAAGUUGGCUCCUAUGGUUUUGUCGUCUUGGUUUUUGGUUGUUUCUGUUUUCUUUAAACAUGUUUAUGCUUUUUAUUAGGAAAUCUUAUUUAAAUUCAA